AAGAAAAAUGUCCCCAUGUCACCUGGAGGGCUCCAUAGAUUUCUGUUGCUCCGUCUCCUCCGCAGCGUCAUCACCUACGAAUGCUGUCCAGGUUACGAGAAGCUUCCUGGAGAGAAGGGCUGCCCUGCCGCGCUGCCUCUGGUGAACAUCUACAGCACUCUGGGCGCGGUCGGCGCCUCCACCACCCAGAUGUACUCGGACCGAGCCCGGCUGAGGGAGGAGGUGGAGGGGCCGGGCAGCUUCACCUUCUUCGCUCCCAGCAACGAGGCGUGGGCCGCCCUGCCCGCGGAGAUCCUGGAUGCUCUGGUGAGCAAUGUGAACAUCGAGCUGCUGAACGCGCUGCACUACCACAUGGUGAACCGCCGGCUGACCUCCGAGGAGCUGAAGCACGGAUCGUCCUUCUCCUCCAUGUACCAGGACUCGCACGUCCACAUCCACCACUACAGCAACGGGAUCGUGACGGUGAACUGUGCCCGCCUCAUCAAACCCGACCAGCAUGCCACUAACGGCAUCGUCCAUGUCAUCGACCGCGUCAUCACCGCCGUGUCCAGCGACAUGCAGUCCAUCGUUGACGUUGACGACGAUCUGGAGACGCUCCGCGCGGCGUUCGCAGCUGCGGGGCUGAGCACCCUGCUGGAGAGUCCGGGUCAGUACACCGUCUUCGCUCCCACCAACGACGCCUUCGCCAAGAUUCCUCGGGAGACCCUGAACCGCAUCCUGGGAGACCCCGUAGCUCUGAAAGACCUGCUGAACUACCACAUCCUGAAGCAGCUGCAGUGCGCCGAGUCCAUCGUGUCGGGAACGUCCGUGGAGACGCUGCAGGGCGCGGCGCUGGAGGUCGGCUGCGACGGCGACCAGAUGACCCUGAACGGGAACGCCAUCGUCACCAAGAAGGACCAGCUGGGAACCAACGGCGUCAUCCACUACAUCAGCCAGCUGCUCAUCCCAGACUCAGCUAAAACUCUGCUGGAGCUGGCGGAGGACUCGUCCGUUUCCACGGCGACCAGGCUGUUUGUGGACGCCGGCCUGUCGUCCCACCUGACGGGCUCGGAGGCGCUAACCAUGCUAGCGCCGCUAAACGAUGCCUUCAAAGAAAGCGUGACGAUGACCCCUGACCUCCGGGCGCUGAUGAAGAACCACCUGCUGAAGCAGCAGCUGUCCUCCAAGGCGCUGUACCACGGCCAGCAGCUGCAGACGCUGGGCGGCCUCACGCUGCGCGUCUUCGUCUACAGGAACAACCUCUGCAUCGAGAACGCCUGCAUCGCGGCUCAUGACAGAACCGGCCGCUUCGCCACCAUGUUUACACUGGACAAGGUUCUGGCUCCACCCACCGGGACGCUGAUGGACGUCCUGAAGGCCGACGAGCGCUUCAGCCAGCUGGUCGGCGCCAUCCAGACGGCCGGCAUGACGGAGCUGCUCCACCAGCAGGGGGCGCUCACCUUCUUCGCUCCCACCAACGAGGCGUUCAGGGCCCUGCCGCCGGCCGAGCUCAGCCAGCUGCUCAGAAACGCCGAUCAGCUGGCGGCCAUCUUGCGGCUUCACCUGGGGCAGGGGCUGCUGGUGAGCGGGGGGGUCAGCUCCCACACCCGCCUGGCGCCGCUGCAGGGCGACAAGCUGGAGCUGGGCGUGAGGAACUUCACCGUCUACGUCAACAAGGUUCCUGUGGCCGACGCCGACCUGAUGGCCACCAAUGGAGUCGUCCACGCCGUCAACGCCUUCAUCAGGCCUCUGGCUCCGAAGGCGGACUGGGAGCAGGCGGACGGACCGGCGUCUGCAACUCCAGUCGACUCCCAGAGGUUCAGGAACGACGACUUGUUUGAGCGGGUUCUGAUGAGCCGCUCCAGCAGAACCAUGAACCGGCGCCAGUGAGGGGCGGGCCUUCCAGCAGAACCACUUCCUGCUUCCUGUUUGCUGUAGAACCAGUUUGAUUCUGUGAAAUCCAACUCAGAUCUUCUGUAAAGUGUGUCGUCCUGCAGCAUGUCGGCAGGUCGCAGUCCGGACCCGGAACCGGACUCACAUUUGUAAAAUAAAGCCUAGAGUGAUGCGCCUCUUCA